ACUAUUUUCACAUCCCCUUUUUUCAAGUCGCUCCUUCUGCCAUUCGGAGAUUAUAUGCCUUUCACGUUUUGUGCCGCGCUCACGGUGUUGGGGACACCGCCAAAUUGUUCUGUCAGACCCAGACUCUCCGCAUGCAGGGCAAUCCCCUGUAUAGCUUUGCUGCUCACCCGAAAUAUCCUACCACCUUCCUUUCCUCUCUGAAUUCUUUCGAUAAGGGUUUCCUGAAAUAUUAUUGUUAUGUGCGCACCCCUUUCGGCAACUGGCGCGAUUAUGGUGCUUCGGAGCUGGAAUGGCAUACAAGUCGCACUACUUAUAAACCAGCCUCUUCCGAAGUCCCUUCUACUCGUGACCAGAAUAUUAUAGCUCACCUUAAUGCUAUGAAUAAGGCCCACCCUCUAGACUGUAGGUACCUGGCCGAGAACAAUUCCUCUCUGGCAUAUAAUGGUCUGUUUCCCCUGUAUCCAGAGAGAUCAAUAGAUAUGUCUUGGAGAUCGAAAUGUGGGGACAAUUUGCCUGACACCCCUUCUCUUGCUGGCCGAGGAGCACAUGGCUCGGGCGGUUCUGCUUCCGGAACAAGUCCCUCGGAGCAGCCUGCUGGUUCCCAACUGAUCCCCAUUCCCCCUGUAGUUGAAAUCCCAGAGGGGAAUGUGGAAGCCUCGCGCCCCUUUGAUGCGGAGGAAGUUGAUGCGGGUGCUCUUGUUCACAGGGGGAGGCACUCCAGUGCUGGUGAUGCCGCUGGCACCCGUGAAGAAGAUGUCCAAGUCGUGGAUAUCACCGAUGAGAUUCCUUCACCUGAUUCGGCUCCCGAUGCCACCCUUGCUGAUCUUACGAAGAAGAGGAAGAGAGGUUCCCUGAUCUCUGUGGGUGAGAAGGAGAGACAGGAGGGCCUAAAAAAGGCUGGCAAGUCCUCAGAGCCAGCGAGGAGGUCUGCUGGUGGUGUGAAGAUUCUCACUCCUGCUGGGGACAAGGGCAAAGGGCCAGCGAAGAAGUCAGCUGGUAGUUCCAAGGCUCUCCCCUCUGCCGGUGGAAAGGGUAAGGGCAAAGCUGUGGUGCCCUCGGCUGACGAACCAGAGGAUCUUGUUCCUGGGCCGAUUUCGAGUCUGUCGGGGCAGAAAUUAAUUGAUGCUUUGAUAGCUCGUGUCCAUUCUCAGGAUCAGGAAAAGAUGGAGGCGCUGACGCGCGGGGCUUUGGCUACUAAGUUGUGCCAGCUGGCUCUUCAGAUGGAAUCCGGGAUCUGGGGAGCUGUCAAGUGUAUUCAUGAUUAUGAUGUGUCUGAAAAAGAGAGAGAGAAAGAGCAAGCGGACGUCGCUAAACGCGAUGAUGAUGUUGCUGGAGUUGUGGAGCGCCUAAGCAAGGCUGAAGCGGAGGUUAUUGAGUUGAAAGCUAAAUUAGCUCAGAUGGAGGUGGAGAAGGCGUCCUUGGCCUCCGAAUUGUCGAGGGCCACAAAAGAGGGCCAUGAAUGCCUGGCCAAGUUUAAAGCUGAUUAUGAAAGAGACUACGAAGAAGCCAGGCGGGGCUGGAAAAGGAUACUUGUGGAAGCUCAGAACCGUGCGUACGUCCUGGGGGCUCGAGAUCAACGCCUGGAGUACUUCUUGUCUCCGCGAGGCCAACACUUCCUGGGGGUGAUGCUGGAAGGCACUCUGGAGUCUUUCAAAAAGACUCCCGAAUACUUGGAAGAUUUCGGACCUCUUUUUGCUUAUGAAGCUGCCAAGUUGUUGGAUUUGGGAGUGCGUCUUCCCCAACCGGUGGAGACUGGUCCGUUGCCCGUGUUCACAGAGAAGACCGUUUCUGGCCAUGCCUCUGCAAGUGGUGCUCCUUCCCCAAUUCCAUCUGCUUCUGCCCCUGUCUCCUCUGCUGUUGCCCCAGCUGUCUCUGUUCCUCCCUCUUGA